AUGGCAGACGCCACCGAUUGCCAUGGCAACUGGAUAUUUUCCGGCCCUGAUGGUAUUAAACCUUUUGCACGUUACGAACUGCGUGACACAAGCUACAUUGGUCACACAACUUUCUCACGUGAACGCACAAGUGACGUCAGACAUAUGUGGCGUGCCCCGUGGUGGUCUGCUAAUUUUCCGGCCAAAAGUGGCGGGGUUGGUGCUAUUGGUUGGAACACGUGGUCUUACAAUGACUGGCGACUGCUAAAAAGCGGGAAUCAGAUUAGAUCUGGACCAUUCCGUACAGCUGUUGCACAUCGAAUCGUUAACGAAGGAGUGUAUUGA